GUGACGGUGGACAUCAUACUGCGGGCAUUGCGGGAGUACUUUGGGGUGCAUGCCUGGCAUGUGCUCAACAUCACCGAUGUUGACGACAAGAUCAUCAAGCGAUCGAACGAGGCGGGAGUGCCAGCACUGGAGCUGAGCCAAAAGUUUGAGCGGGAGUUCUUCCGCGAUCUGACGGCGCUGGGCGUCGAGCCGCCCUCCACCGUGCUGCGCGUCAGCGAACACAUCGACGAGGUGGUGCAGUUCAUCCGAAAGCUGGAGAGCGAUGGGGUGGCCUACGCCACGCCGUCGGGGGUCUAUUUUGACACUCUGCGAUUCAGCGGGUCGCAUAGCUUCAAGAUGGCCCCUGCAUUCGAGGACGGUCUUGAAGAGAGCGGGGAUGAGGUGGGCAGCCGAGACAAGAGGAACGUGCGCGACUUUGCCCUCUGGAAGGCCGCCAAGGAGGGCGAACCUUCGUGGGCUUCUCCCUGGGGUGCAGGUCGGCCAGGCUGGCAUAUUGAGUGCUCUGCUAUAUCAUUGUUCGGGUCGCACCUGGACGUGCACGCCGGUGGCAUCGACCUCAAAUUCCCGCACCACUGCAAUGAAGUGGCCCAGUGUGAAGCCUUCCAUGGCUCGCAGCAGUGGGGCAACUACUUCAUCCACGUGGGUCACCUGCACAUCGCGGGGCUGAAGAUGUCCAAGUCGCUCAAAAACUUCGUGUCCAUUCAGGACUACCUGAAGAAGUACACCGGCCGACAAUUCAGGAUCUUUUGCCUGCUGCAUGGCUAUGGCAAACCGGUCGACUACUCGGAAGAGCACAUGCAACACUCGGUGCUACCGGUGGAGAAGCGUUUGGACGACUUUCUGGCCCUCACAUAUGCCCGCAUGAGGCAGGCCGGCGCCAGCCGGGACGUCAACAACCUCAAGUGGGGCGAAGCCGAGAAAGCGCUCCAGCAGGACGUGCUGACGUGCGAGCACAAGGUGAAGGAGAGCCUGGCCCGCAACAUCGACACCGAGGAUGCGCUGACGAGCGUCCUUGAUCUGGCGUCUUCGGCGCCGCGCACCGAGCUGCUGGCAUCGCUGUCGCGAGCGGUGAGCAGGCCGUUGCGCGUGUUCGGCGUACUUCCGCAGGCGGGAGGAGAGGGAGGAGACGGUGCGGCGGAGAGCAAGGAGGCCGAGAUACUGGACACGCUGGCUCGCUUCCGGCAGCAGGUGAGGAAGACGGCCAUCUCUUCGGCCAACGUGAAGAAGGACGUCCUCUCGCUCUGCGACCAGCUUCGGGACAAGGACCUGCCCGCCGUGGGCUUCCGGCUCGAGGACGACCCAAAGGCCGGCAGCUUGUGGAAGAGAGCGCCCGGCGGAGGCGGAGUCCAAUAA